CUCUUUUUUUUUGCCACCAAAUUUCAUAUACAGAGAAAAAAUGGAUGGUCACACAGCUAAAGACACUGGUAUGAAGAGAAGUGCUUCUGAGUUGGCUCUACAAGAGUAUCUCACUAAGGUCAUGUCUUCUUCUUCUGCUUUAUCAAGACAAGAAUCUACAAGCCCUCUAGACCCUUCUUUUGAUCCCAUGAACCAGGAUCACACUGGUGAGUUAAGAGAUAGACAUUUGUUAUCUGAGAGCUUGAUUCCAGCUGGAGUUUUACUUGAUGCACAGUCCUCGAUUUGCGAGAAUCUGUCAGCUGAUAGUCCAGUGUCAGCUAAUAAACCUGAGGUAAGGAGGAGAGCUCGGAGAACAGCCAGUGUAUCUUCUCAUGGUCACUCUGAUGAAGAAGAUGCAGAGACAGAAGCUGGCCAAUCUGAAAUGACUAAUGAUCCCAAUCAUCUAAAACGUAUGAGAAGGAUGCACUCAAACAGAGAAUCAGCAAGGCGGUCAAGGAGGAGGAAGCAAGAACAAUUGGCAGAUCUUGAAUCUCAGGUUGAUUCUUUGAAAGGAGAGAACACAACACUGUAUAAGCAGCUCAUUGACGCAACACAACUGUUUCGUAGUGCUGGAACAAAUAACAGAAUCCUCAAAUCAGAUGUUGAAACUCUCAGAAUCAAGGUGAAACUAGCAGAAGAUUUGGUAGCUAGAGGGUCUCUCACUAGUAGCUUGAAUCAACUUCUGCAAACUCAUCUAAGUCCAUCACCACAGUCCAUCAACAGUCUGCACUACACAGGAAGUACCUCACCCGCAGUUACAGUCCACAGCGACCAAUCUAUGUUCCCUGGAAUCACUCUUUCUGGACAGAACUCAAGCCCUGGACUUGGUAAUGUAUCCAGCGAAGCUGUUAGCUGCGUCUCAGACAUCUGGCCAUGAGCCUCUUCUUCACAAUAUGUAACGAUCACUCUGAAAUUUUCAUGUAUGUGUUAUAAUGAAAUCGACAUAUUCGUUAUUGAACUCAAGUUUUGUUUGCAA